AUGAAGGUCCCUCCGAUCCCUCUUUUUCGUAUAUCACCAUAUUCAGUCACUAUUGUAGAAUUGAGUAGUCAGAGGACUAUAAGGAAGUUUAGAAUAGCAUUGAUGUAUCAGCCGAAUGCUAUGGAAGUGGAUAAAUCGUCAGGAGAGUCGGAGAAGUCUCCUACUAUGAAGGAGGCGACAAGUGUUGCUGACAUAGACGAUGGCAAAACAGUAUUAUACCCAGGAGUAACAAAGAGGUUCCCAUUUAAGACCUCCGACAGGUUACUGGAUGACAUUAAAGUCGAUCUAUCUCAUAUCCUUGACAAAGGAUUGUCGGACGGGCUGUUAAAGUUGCCUGUUUUGGCUUAUAGCAAGGAGCGCGCGACUAUGAACACUUGGUGCAUAGGGUACUUGCUUGAUCCGCUAGUUCUGCAGACCAACUUUGAGUACAAUUCAGUCACGUGUAAAGAGCAUAAUAAGGUGAAGGUUUUUAUGGGCGUACUGUUCGACCCAAAUUUUAAGAUGAAUAGCCAGGAUGACCUGUGCCGGUGUUCUUUGUAUCAUAUUCGGGUUAGCACGAAGAUCCGGACUCGGCUGGAGCGUACGAGGACUCACUUUGGGGUCACUCAGUAUUACUUAGUGGAUAAAUUGCAUUCCUACGAUGAAGAUGAUAUGGAUAUAUAUGGAGAUGAUGAUGAUGAUGAUGCGAUAAUUGAUAGCGCUACGUUUGUUUCACCUCAUACGAAUAGAGUGGUGCGGAUUGAAAUUCUGAAGCCGGAAUUUAGCAGCGAGGAAUUAUUAGAGUUUAAUUCUGAGAGCAUCCAACUUAGAUACCAAAAUUUAUGUGAAAAAUAUCCCGAUUUGGAUGUAAAUUCGGUUCCUAACCAAGCGGAGUGCCUAAACACGUUAUUUAAGGUAUUUAGGAACCCAUUAGGAAGACGUGAUGCUAGUGAUGAGUUGAAAACAAUAGCUGCAGAUAAUAAAGUGCUAAAUGCUCAACUUGAUCCCUCUUGGUUGGUUGAUAAGUUUGGAUUUGAGUUAUCGGAAAUUGAAACUGAAGAUGGAAAAAUCAUAAAGGAAUACAAACCGCCUGAUUUCGUGAACUACCUGCAAGACAAGAAACUCCGUAGACUAAGAGAUUCUUAUGUGCGAAAGUCUUUGGAACUAUUAUUUCUAGGCAAGCAAUCAGCCAGCUUAUUACCCAAGGAGGUUGUCGCUUCUAAUAGUAAAAUAAGGUCAUUCCAAUUGUAUCAAACUUACUUUUCAGAUUCCUUUUGGCACCAUUUAUUGCAUGAACAUGACCGUAGUGAUUUGAACGAUCACCUGCAUCCCUACGACAAUAACUAUAAUUUUAUUAACAUAACAUCUAAUUACCAUUAUGCCGAUAAAGACAUCAUUAAGAAUUAUGAGACACAGGUAGCUCUAGACCCUCAGAAUACGGGAAUCUAUUACGAUGCUUUGACAUUUGUAGCGAAUGCUAAGGGAAGUCACCAACUGCUUUCAUAUGCCUUCAAGCAGAAUGUUGUCGGGCAUGAUGCUUUGAAGAGUGCAGUUUCCCUCUUCGAGUUAGAUGGAGCUACAGAUCCAAAAUCAAUUUCUGAGGAAGUACUAUUGAAUCUUUAUAGAGAAAAGUCAAGAAAUGCUACCCCUCAAGCUCGUACGGACCUGAAAAAUGCAUUUCGCGUGCUAGCCAAGUAUAAGGAUAGUGAAAAAUUGAAAUUUUGUGUGGAGUUAGAGCCCUUCCAGUUUGAAACACAAGCAUAUAAACUCUUGGAGAUUGACAAGUCAGUGGAAAAUGACUUAAUUGAGACGGCUUAUAGUAUUAAAGUGUCAGAUGCGCCUGGUUUGAAGAUAGAAUGUGAUCGGGCUCUUUAUACACUUGCUGUCGUCAAAAGAAGUAUUCCGCUCUUCAAUUUACUCUUUCAAAAGUGUCCCCGGUUCCAACAGUUUUAUCAUAUGUCUUAUUGGUCUUAUUCUGCCGCGCUGGAAGCUUUACAUGUUGACUAUAAUGCCAGUGAUGAACUGAUUCUAGAAAUAUUUCAAAGUAAAUGGAACCAAGACCCUAUAUCUUCAGCAGAGCAAUUCCUGAAUUUAAAAAUGGCUCUUACAAAAAUUGGAUAUGAGCGGAAUUCAAAAGUUAUAAACCAUUUCUUAGAGACCGGUAUUGUAGAUCCUUCUUAUUUACCAUCUGGCAAUUGGCCAGCAGGUAUUAAUAAUAUUGGUAACACAUGCUACUUGAACUCAUUGCUACAGUACUACUUUACCAUUUCCCCUCUAAGAGAAUACAUUCUAAACUAUAAUCUUCUAGCAGUUGAUUUGCUUGCAGCGGUAGAGAAAUCAAGAGAUAUGUCUGAAAGGAGAAUCGGCGGUCGUGAGGUGUCAAAGGCAGAAGUUGAGCGAUCUGUACAGUUUGUUUAUCAACUUAGAAACCUUUUCAAAGACAUGGUUCACACGACGGAAAGAUAUGUUACACCUACAAGGGAGCUUGCAUACCUAGCAUUUUCGCCAAGUAAUACAGAGGUUGAAUUUGAUACUAUUGUGCAAUCCGAUAUAAAUGAAUCGAAGGACAGUUUAGAUGCGCGGCCACUUGAUAUUGAUACGGAUCUCAUUGACUUAAGCUUUGACAAUGAUGCUGUUCAGGUUGAAGCUGAUUCUGUUGAGGUUGAAGCUGAUGACAUUCAGGUUGAAGCUGAUGACAUUCAGGUUGAAACCGAUGCUGUUCAAGACACAUCGGCUGCGACGAAGCGUGAAUCUUCACUGUCCGAAUGUGAAUUGGAACCGGCUCGGCCUGAACAUAAUGAAAAGAACAACACUGUUCAUGUUGCAAAAAUAAACUUGGAGCAACUUCAAAAUGCCUUGGAGAUAGGCAGGCAACAAGAUGUGACUGAGUGUAUUGGUAAUGUUCUCUGUCAACUAGAGAGCGCCUCGGUGCCACUAGACUACGACGAAGACAAUGAGCAGUUAGACCUCAUAAAACAGCUUUUCUACGGCAAAUUGAAACAGGUUCUAACACCUCUGGAUGAACCAGAAAGAAAAAGAACAAAAUACGAACGCUUCAUGUCCUUGCUGGUUAACGUGGGUGAUCAUCCGAAGGAUAUAUAUGACGCUUUGGACCUAUAUUUUCAAGACGAUUUAUUAACCCUCGACGAAGACAAAGGUUCUGUGAAGAGGUCAUUAACCAUCGAAAAAUUGCCAACAAUCUUACAGAUUCAAAUACAGAGGGUGUACUAUGACCGUGAGAAGUUCAUGCCCUUCAAAUCCCUUGAGCCUCUUCCAUUCAGCCAAAAGCUAUAUAUGGACCGCUAUAUGGCUACUCAGGACCCAGAACUCAUCCGCAAAAAAGAACAUUCGGCUCAACUGCGCGCACAAUUACAGCUCAUAAAGGACCAGCGCCGUAAACUAUUGGCCAAAAACAACGAUGGCCAAACCCUCAAAUCCUCAAUGGAAGAAACCAAGCGUUUCCUCCUAUCGGAUGUUUUCCAGAACGUAUCCCAACAAACAAAAACUGAAAAGCAAAACUUCUUAUCUCAAAUUGACCACUUCUCUGCCACUCUUGAGACCGAAUUACAACUUCUUGAUAACCAAGCUGCUGACAUCGAACACCAAAUUACCUCUAAUAUGGAAAAUUUUAAAAGCAUUGGGUAUUCCUUAUUUGCAGUCUUCAUUCACAAGGGUGAAGCAAGCUAUGGACACUAUUGGGUUUACUUGAAAGACCAUAUUAAUAAUGGUAUUUGGCGUAAAUACAAUGACGAGUCCGUCACCGAGGUUAACGAAAAUGAGGUCUUCUACUUUGCUGAAAACAACACUGCAACCCCAUACUUCUUGGUUUACAUCAAGGACAGUCACAAAGAUGAAAUAGAACCACUAAAAAGAGCAUUAUUUGACUAA